AUGGCGACUCGACAUUUCCAGGACGUUGGCUGCCGAACAAAAGCCUACAUGGUGAAGAGUGCGUUGAAGGCGCUCGACAGCGUUGGUAUUGUGUACAAAAUACCGAACAAGGGAUUUUACUUUCGUAAUAAUUGGACGCUUUCGCAAGUUGACGAAGCGUUGCGCCGACGAUGUCGUCAAGAUGACGACGAUGCGGUCCCAUCAGAGACCGAUUCGGCCGUCGAUGACGACCAACGCGUGUCUCGCGAUCCGCCUAGUCAUAGAAAUGAUGUUGAGAGCGACGAAGAGGAGAUUUCAGUGGUUCCUCUGGACGAUGCUCCCGUUCAAAUCGGCUUAAAGCGAUCGUCGCCGGAGAAGGAUGUAAACUCCAUCGCCGCACACGAGCGCCGGACGCGAGUGAAAGGUGCCAAUCCUCAACCCGCCUCCAUCAGUAACCAUCGCAUCUCAAGUCGGCUUCCGCCUCGAAUGGCGCUCCUUCAACGACAUGAAUUGAUAAGUCCAGACGGAAGUCCAUGGGCUAUAAAUCGAGGUGACCUUCCGCAAGUGAUUCAGCAAUCGAACAAGGAAGCACUUUCGUUGACCGAAUCUCAACCGCAGCGUAAAGAGGCUAAGAAGGAACCGACGAACCGAGACGACGGUGAAAAUAAUUUCAACUUUGAUUUUAACGCGUUCGGUGCGACGCUUUUACGCGGCGUGAGGAAAGUCGUGCAGAACAGCGAAAACGCCUUGCGAAGAGACAUGCACGUGCUCCUGGAAACCAUCGCAUCAACGCGAGCCGAGAUCCUAGUCCUCCGCGAGGUCAUCGAGCGCUCUGCGACGAAUCAAACGAUUCAUGAUCUCCGGGCUAAAAUUGCCCAUCCGGUCGGUGGUCUCGAUCGACGGUCUCAUCCAUCGGCGACUCAAACUCGGUCAACCGAAAAAGCACACACUCUGGGCUCGUUCAACGCUCUCCUGGCCGCCGCGCAAUGCCUACCACCGCCCCACCGAAGUCUGCCUUGA